GCUCAAGCAGGAAUUGCGAUGGAGGUUACUAACGAGCUGAUAAGCGACAUGGUACGUGUGGAGCUUGGUAACUGGGAGAAAGAUGACGGCGGUGUAUGGAGAUUCAAACCGUUACCACGAAAGGAGCACAAACACAUACGAUUCAGAGAAGGUGACGGUUUGGUGGCUGCGAAAGAAAAAGUGCUCGGCGAGAUGGGCAUAGACCGGACUCGUGGGAAGGUAGAGCUGACAUACGAGAUGCCGGAGUGGAUGGACGUUGACGGAGCUGUUAAACCGGUCCCAAUCCACAUUGCGACAGACGACGAUAUGGACAUGUUCCUCGCUAUGCGUGUGGAUAUCCACGAGAUGAAGCUUUACGUAGUCCCAAUGGAUCUGACGAUGACCCUGGAAAUAGAUGGGUUUAAGGUGGUACCGAUUCUAGACGAGUUCGCGUUUGCUGAAGUCAUGAGCAAAGACGACGUUGAGAAGGAAAGGAGGCGGCGAGCAGACAAGGCCGUGGGAGACAGCAUCAUCUGCACACAGGUUCCGCCAGAGCAAGUGGCGGACAGUGAUGAUGGACCCUUAGGCUGGGUGGGCCAUACUUACGCCGCAGGUGGAUUUGCAACCCUCUCCGCAGCCUUGAGAUACUAUAAAUCUAGUACCAACGCUAACGAAGCAGGGAGAUCCCCGGUGACGGUGUUGAACCCAGAGAGUAGCUCAUCGACGGACGACCACGACCUCCGCGUGACUCGCCUGACGAGGGAUUUGUUCUCUGAAUUCGAGAAAGCUGGAAGCACCAGUGGGGGUCAAGUUCCGGCGGCAGAGGAAGAUACUACUGCCGGGGUUCAAGCAGGAAUGCAAGAAAAUGUUACACCAACACGUGGGGCUGGUGAGCAAGACCUCCCUAACGCUACCAUCAACCACCCGCCGGCGACGCCUAUGUCAACCAUGUUGCAGCUGCUUGAGAUACCAGCGCACACAUUUGCACGUGACGCAGCGCCGGUUAUUGAUGACACUGACGAAGAGGGUGGGGAAAGAACAAGACUGGUCGUCCUAGAUGUGGACUACGAAGGGGACGAGCUAUUCGUUGGUAGGGUUUUCAAGAAUCGAGAUGACUGCAAGGUUAAAAUAGCCGUCCAUGCCAUCAACAGAAGGUUCAGUUACCGUAACGACCGCACAACAAACGACGUAGUCAUUGUACGGUGCGUCUCCGACGCUUGCCCAUGGAGAGUUUACUUUGUCCGCCUAGAAGACACAGAAUACUUUGAGUUGCGGACCGCUAUGUUAGAACAUAACUGCCCAGUGGAAGUGAGAAGUCAAUACCAGCGACAAGCAACCACCUCCGUCAUCUCUCAGAUCAUGAAGGCCAAGUACGCCGGGGCAGCACUAGGACCGAAUCCAAUAGGCAUCCAGCGAGCUUUGAUGGACGAGUACAGUGUCAACGUGUCUUAUUGGAAGGCCUGGCGAGCCAGAGAAUUGGCAGUGGACAUGGCUAAAGGUUCAACAACAGGAAGCUACGGGAUCCUACCAGCCUACUUACACAUGCUAUCUAAAGCCAAUGUGUACCCAAGAGCGGCGCAUGGCGCAUGCAUCGUGCACCUCCAACGGAACGUGGCGGCAAAAUUUAAGCAGCGGCUACUAGCACCACUGAUUUCCAAAGCCGCAAGGGCUUUCAAAAAAACAACUUUCACGGAGCACUUUGAGGAAAUAGAGCGGGUGUCUCCACGGUGCGCAGAGUACCUCCUGGCAAUCGGAUGGGAACAUUGGACAAGGUCCCACUGCAAUGGACAGCGAUACAACAUCAUGACUUCGAAUGUGGCUGAGUCGCUGAACGCGGUCCUAAAAGAGGCACGUGAGCUGCCUAUUGUUUCCACACUCGAGUAUAUCCGAGCCACUCUCAUGACAUGGUUCUCCAAGAGGAGGGAGAAGGCAGCGCUACACUCAAUGCCCUUAACUCCAAAGGUGGAGGAGCUGGUUUUGAAAAACUACGAACGCGGUACCUCCUACGAGGUGAUAAGGAUCACUCCCGAGCAGUAUGAGGUGAAAACAACUACGGGGUUAUCUUACAUUGUGGACCUCCAUAAUAAGACAUGCACCUGCGAGGAGUUCACAAUGGUUAAGAUACCAUGCAGCCACGCAAUAGCCGCUGCAGUCCGGUGUGAUAUGAGGGUCCCCGACCUAGCAGCUCCAGAAUAUGGAAGCUUCUUCUGGAGUCUCGCAUACAACGGAGGCAUCCACCCAGUCCCAGACCUUUGCACUCUGCGCAAUGUACCGGAUGGGAUAGCGACCUUGAAUGUCUUGCCACCACUCACCCGAAGGCCACCAGGUAGGCCAAAACGAUCUAGAUUCCUUUCUGCAGGGGAGUGUAAGGUUGGAGCCUGUGAGUUUAAGAAGAAAAAAAGGUUUAGGAUAACGGCUUAUUUGUUGGAGAAAAUGAUGCCAAAAAACAAGAGCAGCUCGUCAGGAAGUGGAUCAAGUUCAACGGUGGGAGACCGAAGCAUUGUCCAACGAGAAAGCGGUUUCCUCUGCUACUGCGGUAAAACAGCAGUACUUCGUCAGGCUUGGACGGACGCUAAUCCAGGGAGGAGAUUUUACCGGUGCGGCGAAGGGUAUAAAAAUGUAUGCGACUAUUUUCGCUGGCGGGAUGUAGAGAAGCCGUAUGGAUGGCAGAAAGUAGCGUUACUCGAGGCGAGGGACUUGAUUCGGGAACAAGCGGAAGAGAUCGCUAGGCUCCGCGAGCUGGGAACUUGUGGCGGCGAGGGAGACGAAACCCAACAAACUCAAGAAAUGGUUGCUCUCAUUGAAAGGCUGAAAAAAGAAAACGAAGCCCUGCAGGUGGCAUUAGGGAAAAUGAGGGCGAAGGAGAGGAUGAUUAGGACUAUGGGCAUGGUGUCCUUGCUAGGUUUCGUAUUGGGUGUGGCCACCAUCAUCCACAGUAGGAGUGGUGCUCGGAUGGAGUUGCCCUAAACUUACGUCCGGUUUGCUAAAAUUAACUAUUUGGUAGCUCUGAAUUUUCCCAUGUUUGGAAGUAGCUAUGUUGCGUGUAGACUGUAAAAUAUUAACGUAAUUCUCUAUUUUAUUUAAUAAGGCUGUAAGUGUUGC